GUCGUUUAAAAACGGUCUCGCCACAAAACAGACAAUAUUUAGUGGAUAACUUCCGUCUCCGUGUUCUAUUUAGCACUGCACUUAGUAACAACAGAAGCAGCCAUGACAUCUAAAAGUGCCAAAGAGACCAUAGUUGCCAAGUUGGGUUUCAAAUCCAGCAGCCCUGGCUCCAAGGCUGAGGCAGAGCUGGAAAAAGUCAAGAAAGAAAAUGCUCACCUGAGAAAAAAGAUUGAUGACCUGGCCAAACGGCACAUCAAACCGCCCGAUGCGGACAAAAGCAAGCUGCUGGAGAGGAUUCUUUCCCUCGAGACCUUGAGAGAGAGGAACAACCAGCAGUUGCUGGUGAAAGAGCAGGAGCUGGAAACUCUGAGACAGCAGCUGUCAGCUAAAGGAGGAGAGGUGGUGGCGUCGCUGCAAGCCCAGCUGGAGCAGCGGAGGAAAGAAGCAGAGCAGAGAGAUGCGUUGUUCCAGAGUUUGUCACAGGAGACGGAGAAUCUGAAAAACAAGCUGGCCACUGUUUCUGCCCGAUGUCAGACUCUGGAAACCCAGAAUGGACAGGCACCUGCUGCAGACCUCGUAAUGAUACAAGAUCAACUGAAAGAUGCUCUGGAGAAGAACCAGCAGUGGCUGGUGUACGAUCAGCAGAGAGAGGCCUAUGUGCAGUCUGUCCUGGCCCGUACUUUAGAGCUGGAGCAGCAGCUGGCUCAGGCAAAGCAGCAACAAACCAAACAAGAGGCCAGUCCAGAUGUCUCAGCUCCUGCCAACUUGGCAGAUCCAGAAAAGCAUUCUCAGCUGAAAAGCCAAUAUGACCACUUGGUGUCUGGGAUGCAGAAAGACCUGGAGAGCCAAAAAGAGCAGGUUACCAGAGCCAGACAGGAGCUCGGUGUCCAUCGGGAGCAGGCCUUGAAAGCUCAGGCUGAGCUGCACUCUCAGCGGGAGCAGGUCACCAGGGUUCAGGAGGAGAUGUUGGCACUGCAGAGGAAGUACGACGACAAGUGCAAAGAGCUGGAGGAGGCAAAGAUGGAUCUGCAGGCAGAGCGACUUAGCAACAGACAUGCAGUCUGUGAGGAGAGAAAGGUGUCGUCUGAGCGUGCAGACAGAAUGAGGGUGGAACUGGAGAAUAUGGAUAUCAGAUUGGAGGAGGAGAAGAAGAGAUCUGCUGAGCUUCUAUUGCAGGUAAAUAUGCUGCAGAAGUCCCUCCUGAGCCAGAAGGAAGAGCAGAGAAGAAUCGCAGCACUGGAGCAACAGAUCCAACUCUCUGCCAAGGACUUUGAGAAUGAAAAAAUUGAUCAUCAGAGCAUGCAGCACCAGUUACAUAAGGUGCUGAAGGAGCUUCGCAAGGCCCGUGAUCAGAUUGCAAAGCUGGAAUCUGCUAAGCAGCCAAAUGCUCGCUUUUCAGAGCCCAGCUCGUAUAAUAGCCUCGAGUUUGAGCGUCUCACUAUUGAAAACCCUCUUGGCCCUACAUCCCCAUCUAAAGUCACCAACCUCCUGGACGAGAGUUUCCUGGAGUGCCCAAAGUGUCGGGCCCCUUAUCCCACCAGUCGUCACAGGGAGCUGCUGACUCACAUCGAUUACUGCUUUGCGUAAGCUAACACAUCAGUCUAGAUGAGUGAUUCUCAGUGUGCAUGUCCGGACCUCCACUUAGUCAAAGGGGUAAAAACAAACACAAGAAUCACUCUACAAGAUUUCUGAUUCAUUCAGGAAAUUUGUGUUUUUGAAUCUAGGUAAAAUAAAACAAUG